AUGUUCGCAAGUUUCAAGACUCAAGUAGAUGGUGCUCACGACAAUGAAGACACAAAAUUCUUUGAUACUCCUGGUUCACAACAAUCUGCUUCUGGUCCGCCUAGCAAUCAGCCACCUCAAAGUAGUGGCACUAAUCGAUCUAUGGCAGCGUCCGAUGAAGACGAUGAUGAUGACGAUGAUGACUUCGUUGCGGCUACCCCCGGCUUCGCUCCGUCCUCUGUGCAUCCUCACUAUCCGCUUCAAUCACGUGAACUUACCUCUAGGAACGGGUCUCAGAUUGACGCUUUACCUAGUGAAACUCCACUUUUGAGCGGCCCACCAACUCCGAUGACACCUGCAUCCGUAACUCCUUUCGGAGCAAGUACGCCCAGUUGGAAACGCCCUUCUGUCCCCGUUCGGGAUUCAGUCCCCCCAACUCCUGGACGGAAACGUCGGCGACGUUCACCUUCUAAUGUGGGAGAUACGGAUACUGACGUGGACGAUUAUGAUGACGAUGAUGACGAGUCAGACAUUGAGGAUGAUGUUGAACUUAUAACCAACGCAACAAUGACCCCUGCUGGGCAUGGCGCGGAUUUGGAAGACGAGGAUGAAGAACCAGGAUCAAGAAACCAACGUUCUCCUCGUCAUUCUCGACACCUGUCCACUCGAAACGCAAAUGUCAUGCCGUCCAGUUCGCGUCAACUUUCUUCACCAGGCUCACAACUAGGGGACGUGCCACCAGAAUCUCAGGAGCGCAGCGGUGGAGACAGCGAGUUACUUCACGGCGAUGAAGAAGACAAAGAGGAGGAAGAGGAUGAAGAACCUCUGAACUCUGGUGACGACGUCAGUGACGAGGAACCUGAAGUUCUGUUUGAGUCGGAUAACGUUGUCGUUUGUCAGUACGAUAAGAUUCAACGAUCCAGAAACCGAUGGCGGUUCCACCUCAAGGACGGUAUUAUGGUCAUCAACGGGCGGGAUCAUGUGUUUCAAAAGGCAGUUGGGGAAGCAGAAUGGUAGUAGACCUUUCUCUGCUGGUACACGUGUUUCUUUUUUCCUGCUGACGUCGUUUUACAAUAUGACUACUUCCUCGAACCAAAAACGUCUUCAACGGCACACCGCUGUUUGCACACUUUUCAUCACCUGUACACCUUUUUUCUUGUUUCGGCUUUGCUUCUUCAAUCAACAAGCAACCUUCUCUAUGCGCUUCAUGCUUGCUUCUCGAGGCAUCCAAUUUGAUAUCUUCCCACUCAUUCCACCAAUCGACACUAUGGCUCGAUUAGGUUGGCCCCAUUUUAUGCUUUGGUUCAGAUAGCACCACUGAUUGUCAUCUAAUAUUUCUUUCACCUUCAGCAUUGUGUCACUCAAUUCUUCCUCCAUCUUCG